GCUUUCGCAAAUUAUUCAAAUUUCCCGCUUCGGUUCUUUGGCAAAGGGAGAAAUGGGAACUCAUGCGAAGACCAAAUUCACCAAACGUCAAAUUCGACAAUCGACCACAAAUUUCGAGAUGGCGGACAUAGUGGACGAGGUGAUUAUGGAUUCCGAUGAAAACGAGGAUAUCAUACCUAAAAGCCCUGAAGAGAUCGCAGAAUUGAAAAAAGAAAAUGGCAAUAAACUCUAUAAAAUCAAGCAAUACAGGUCCGCUAUACCAUUCUACACGGAGGCCAUCAACAUAUGCCCGGACGUGCCAUCGUACUACGGAAACCGAUCGGUCUGUUACAUGAUGCUCAACAGAUACGUGGAAGCCCUCGAGGACGCGCGAAGGAGCGUCCAAAUCAGCCCCGAAUUCGUCAAAGGCUACGUACGAAUGGCCAAAUGCGGCAUAGCCAUGGGCGACCUCACCACGGCCGACUACGCCAUAAAAAAGGUCCAGGAACUCCAAGCCGACGGCCAACUCAUAGCCAACGAACAGAAAUCCUUCGACAAACUCAAACAGUACGAGCACGAGUCGGCCAAAGCGUACGAAAAACAGGACUUCCGCAAGGUCGUCUUCUGCAUGGACAGGUGCCUCGACGAGGCGCCCACCUGCAACCGCUACAAAAUCACCAAGGCCGAAUGCCUGGCGUUCCUCGGACGGUUCCAGGAGGCCCAGGAGAUCGCCAACGGCAUCCUGCACAUCGACAAAAGCAACGCCGACGCCAUCUACGUGAGGGGCAUGUGUCUCUUCUACGAGGACAACAUCGACAGCGCCUUCCAGCACUUCCAGCAGGUGUUCCGGCUGGCCCCCGAUCACGGCAAGGCCAUGAAUAUCUACAAACGCGCCAAGACGUUGAAGAAGAUGAAAGAGGACGGCAACGAGGCUUACAAAACGUGCAAAUUCCAAGAAGCGUACGAUCUCUACACGGAAGCUUUAAAAGUGGAUCCGUUGAAUAAAAAAACCAACGCCAAGCUGUAUUUCAAUCGAGCCACCGUACUGUCGCGACUGACGAAGACCAGAGAGGCGAUCAACGAUUGCACGGCCGCCCUGACGUUGGACGACACCUACCUCAAGGCGCUGAUGCGGCGCGCCAAGUGCUACAUGGACUUGGGCGAGUACGAGGACGCCGUCAAGGACUACGAGAAGAUCUGCAAGAUGGACAAGAGCAGGGAGAGCAAGAAGCUGCUGCAGGACGCCAAGGUGGCGUUGAAGCGAUCGAAGCGAAAAGACUACUACAAAAUACUCGGUGUGGAUAGGAACGCGGGCGAUGAGGAGAUCAAGAAGGCGUACAAGAAGCGGGCGCUCGUCCACCAUCCCGAUCGGCACGCCAACGCGUCGGAGAACGAGAAGAAGGAGCAGGAGAAGAAGUUUAAGGAGAUCGGCGAGGCGUACGGGGUGCUGUCGGAUCCGAAGAAGAAGGCCAGGUACGAUAACGGGCAGGAUAUGGACGAUUUCGAAGGUGGAAUGUCAGAUAUAGAUCCAACGCAAGUUUUCCAAACGUUUUUCGGAGGUGGCGGCGCCGGCGGCGGCGGCGGACAUCAGGAGUUUUCGUUCGGCGGCGGCUUCCCCGGCUCGUUUUCCUUCCAAUUCGGCUAAGAGACUCGGCAACACGGGAGGUACCGCGUACAUUCCAGCGUUGUAGGAAUAUUUGUUUUUUUACUUUGUACUAAUGUAAAAAUUUUACCCUUUUCUAGUAUUUAUUUAAGUUUUUCUUUUUUAGAGGUUUUAGUUAAGUCAAAUACGAAAAGAGGAUUGAUUUAUAUUAAUGUGAUUGAUUUUUGAAUAAUAGCUGGGCGUUUUACAACCGUAUCGAUUAUUUAAACUUUUCGAAACGAUUCUUAGCGAAGCGAAUAGAAAUCGUACUUACCCCGAGUGUACCUAAAAUACGCGUGCAUAUCUUGUUAAAAUUUUUAUAUAAGAUAUCAUCGGUAAACAUUAGCUUAUCGCUUUGGAUUUUUUUUAAUAAGUUUGUUCCAAAACACCGUGUAAUGAAACUAUUCCUCGUUUGCCCGAAUCAUCUUAUCGCAAGCGAUUUCUUGGAACAAACUCCGUGCACUAACAAAUUGAAGAAACUCCCCUUUUUGCAUAGGACUGGCCCAACGUUUUGUCAUACAAAACUUGUAUAUUUUAAAUAAGAUUUUACCUGAUUAAUCAAUAAAAAUCUACCAAACAUGCUGAUACGAGUUUAAAUUUAAUUUAAAACCGGACGCGCAAACACCGCGAGUAAUUCGUUCGCACCUCAUUCCUUGGACUUGUUCUCAUCGCAGGUGCACUUGCACUUCUCCUCCUUCUCCGGCUCGAGGUUGCACUCCUUGGGCACCUUGAAGCGCGUCUCGCGCAUGCGUAUGGCGAACGCCUCGUCGGCGGACAGUCGCUUCCAGUCGCGCCGCCUCGCCUCCAAGCAGGAGAACUUGGUCGGCUUGCGGUAGGUGAACAGCCGCUGGACGAACUUGCGCCUGAAGUUGUUGUCGCUGGUGUCGAAGAGCCGCGCCGGCGCCGAGUACACCGCCUUGGCGAAGGCGUCGCGCUCGGUCAGCCAGAUGCGCUGGUACUCGCCGGUCAUCAGGUAGUACAUGUUGAUCGGGUGGUUCUGCAACGCGAGCGUUCGCUACUGAUCUCGAAUCGGCGCUUGGUACUUACGUGGACUUCGUAGGUGGGCAUGAAGCCGAAGUUGUUCUUCUCGCGGGCCGUCGAGGAUAUGAUGUUGUCGUCUUUGACGAUGGGGAGGUUCGGAGUCCAUCGUAUCAGCGGUACGGGGUACUUUUUCUUUUUCUGUUUGCUCGGUUUCUUCUCGGACUGCUCCGACAUAUUUCUUUUCGGAGUUCACU